CGAAGUAUCAUUCACAGAUGUCGCACCAGUGACAAGUUGUCAAUUUAUCGUUGACAGUUUACACGUCACAGAAACUUCGUCGUUGCUUCGUCCAUUACACUACUUUCACUUCUCCAAUUAGGAGUUUACUUGGUUUAUUUGCUCCAACAAUUUUGUGUACGAACAACUUGGAAAUUAUCGUGCUUGAACAAUAAUAAAAUGGGAUCAGGAAAGCAACAAAAAGUGCAAUCUUCUGGCUUCACCAAGGAAGAGGAACUGCUAUUACAAGAUUUUAGCCGUAAUGUGAGCACCAAAUCAUCCGCUUUAUUCUACGGCAAUGCUUUCAUCGUUUCGGCGAUACCAAUUUGGCUCUUUUGGCGUGUGCACAACAUGGAUCUAUUGUCCAGUGCAUUUUUCUUUGUGCUGCUAACAGGGGCCAGUACUUAUCUGAUGGCCAUGGCAUAUCGGAACAUAAAAUUCCAAUUGAAGCACAAAAUCGCUAGCCGUCGCGAAGAUGCUGUAACCCGCGAAAUAAACCGUCAAAUUGGUGAUGACAAGAAAGUUACACGCAAGGAAAAGGAUGAACGCAUCUUGUGGAAGAAGAAUGAAGUAGCUGACUACGAAGCAACUACUUUCUCAAUUUUCUAUAAUAACGCGCUCUUCUUGGCAAUCAUAAUCUUCAUUAGCUUUUUCAUUUUGAAAAAUUCGUCGCCUCUGGUAAAUUACAUCUUCUCAAUUGGCUUGGCCAGUGGUGUCUUGGCAUUAUUCUCCACCAGCACACAAACAAAUUAAGCUGCAGCAGCUUUUGUGGAAGCUAAAAUGGGCCAAGUUAAUGUUUUCAUGCGUUUGCAGUUGUGAGAUUUUCUAUGUAAGUCUUAUUUUUUAUUAAAACAAAAUUUUUUAAGAAAACAGCAUAAAUGUGUGAACGAUAAGCCACUGAAAGUAUUUUAACUUUCAAUCUAGCGCGUGAAAUAUUUGCAAACAAAAAUUUAUAUUAACUAAAAAAAAAAAAA